AAUAAUAUACUCGUAAACCAAAAACAAAACAAAUCAUGUGCUAAACCAAAAUUAAAUCAAAACAUUUUCAAUAUAAAUGGAAACCAAAAUGCUGACAAAUGAUACAAUAAUAAAAAAUAACUGUGAUAACAUCAUCACUGAUACUAAUUCUAACCCUACGAAAAAUAUCAUAAAUAUGAGUAUUAGUGAUGAAAAUAGUAAUAGUUCCUGUAGUACAACAAUUGCAACAUUGGCAGCAGCUGAACAAAUGUCAGCAACAAUUGCAGACAUAGACCAAGAAAAUAAUGAAACGACAAGCGACAGAAGACAGUUUCAGAAUGCGGACAGUUUUGGAUGUGAUUCAUCACUAAUUAGCUGCUGCAGUGAAGGCGAUGAAACAGAUAAUGACAUUGAAAAUCCCUUUGAGAAUGAAAGUGAUAACGAAAAUAGAGAACAAGAUGAUGAAAUAUUCUACGACAGUACAAAUGAGAGUGAAGAUUAUGAAAGAGUGCAAGCGAACAAAACUGAAAAUGCAGAGCAUACGACUAAUAACUAUUCGGAAGAAGAUUGCGGUUCAUCGAAAUUGUACCUGAACGAUAUUGAAAUCGAUAGCAAGGAAGAGGAAGAAACUGUAACGGAAUUGGUGAAUGCAGCUGAGAAAGAUAAAAUAAUGCAAGUGGGACAAAACAAAAGUAUGCGUGUGGCAUUUGGUGUUAUUUUGCGCUUAAUAUUUCCUUUGGCUAAUGGUGUGGUCCAAGGUAUUAAGGGUAUACGGGAUGUGCGUUUCUUAAAAGUUAUACGUAGUAUUGCUUCCAGCCGCCAGGCCUUAACUAAUCUAUUUGCUUUUGCUGCUAAUACCAUAUCCCUCAAUUUAUCCUCUGUACAAGUAUCCCAUCGAAUUGAGCCUAUAUUAAAAUUACUAAAAAUUCGCAAAUCUCGUGAUGGCAUAGAAAGUUUACCGGAUUCACCCACCCUACCGAAUGGCUCAGAAGCUUUAACGCCACCUUCUUCUCCCAAUUCAACAGCACCAUUAUUUUCACCCUUUUCCCCAGAACCCCGCUACUCAUUGCCCAAUUUCCAAGCCAGCGUCAAAAAGUUAUCCAUAGAAGAAUAUGUAGCCACAAAAUGUUGUACGCUUAAUAUUCUAGCCGAACCUACUGCUGGCGAACGAAUACGUGCCGAUAUUGUUUUUAUACAUGGUCUGCAUGGUUCUUUGGUAAAUACUUGGAAACAGGGUUUGUGGGAGAAUGAGAGAAGACCUGUAGAAUUCCAGCGACCACCUAAACCGCCGGUACGUCCGCCAAAGCGGCCCAGACAUUCACGUACGAGCGCUGUGCAUCCUCUGCAUCACAAGAAGAGAGCACGUUUCGCUCAUGCUGAUGUCCAUCAGCGGCAUUCGCAUGAAAGAGAUUCCGUCGAUGAAGCCGAUGAUAAUAACUAUUCCUUUAUUUGUGGUGAACCCAAAGAUUUACAAAUUUGCGAUGGCAUCGAAUACAGUUUUCCCACCUUCCGUUUGCGAAUGCAUGACAAUGGCCGUCUUUUACAAGCUGAACAUGAUUCCAAACUUCAAGAUGCCAAUCACAAACAAAUCGACAAAAACCCAUCUGAACACUCCGACAAUUCCAAUAAUAAUAAUAAUAAAGAACAAAGUAAAAAACUGAAAUCUACAAAACCAUCACCCAAUGAUCCCAACUAUUCCAGAUGUUGGCCGGGCGAUUGGCUGCCUGUAGAUUGUCCCGGCGUACGAGUGAUUGCCUUAAAUUAUACCACCGAUCCGCAUUUGUGGCGACCACUGUGGAAAAAGAAAGAGCCACGUUCGAAUCUAAUACAACGUGCCAGAGAAAUGACUGAGCUAUUGAUCAAGCAUCGUGUAGGCUAUGGCCAUCCCAUUAUAUGGGUGGGUCAUUCCAAGGGUGGUUUGUUUAUAAAGCAAAUAAUAGUGGAUGCUUGGGAGAGUGGUCGUCCAGCAGCAGCGCCAUUUUGGCGUUCGGCGAGAGGAGUGUUUUUCUAUUCUGUGCCGCAUCGAGGAUCACAUUUGGCCUCAAUAAAGGCACCGCUUUUAUUAAGAUCUGUGGAGCUUAUUGAUAUAGAAAAGAAUAAUAAAUAUCUUUUGGAUUUACAUCGUCGUUUUGCGGGGCUGUAUCAUUUGGGCCAUUUAAAGAUUGAGGUAUUCAGUUUCGUAGAAACUGCCUUGACCUUAAUGUCUGUGCUUUAUAUGCGCAUAGUGGGUGUAGAUUCAGCAGAUCCCGGCAUUGGUGAUGUCUGUGGCAUCCGUUUGGAUCAUCGUGAAAUUUGUAAACCCCGCAGUCGUGAUUGUAUUUUAUACAAACAACUAGUUAAUAUGAUUAACAAAGUUUGUUAAAUUCUAUGGAUAUUGUUUUGUAUUUAAUAUUAAUAUGAAUUUGUUAUUUAAUAAUUAGUUUUAAACAUUAUUAUUACAUAAUAUUAAGACAUAU